CACCGAUCAAAAUGGAGUGCUGUCGAGGACCGAUCCGUUUUUUAAUGGACAGGAUAACGUAAGCCCGAUCCACUGCGCGAGGCGCCAACUGGAGCCUUUGUUCCUUACUUCUGAGUUUCGCUACCCGCUUCAAAUGCGCAGGUCCCAAAUCAACCGCACUAUUUCCAUGCUAGGGUUGUGCAGGACCCAAGCCGUGUAUAGCCCUAAUUUCACUGUGUUAUUUGGAGCUCUUUCAAUGGCUCCUGCCAUGCCUGAGCCCUAAAUCUGCUGCCAUUUGAAGUUCUUUCAAUGGAUUCUUCCACGCUUCCCACUACAGUUUUGCAGGUCUUAAGCCCUGUGAAACUCCAAUUACUUUGCAAUUCAAAGGUUUUUAGUUUGAGAAUGCCUAUAUCAGUAGCUACUCCUCGCUUUUCUCUCCCUCUGAGAGUCGAUGAUUCCUCUCUUUCUCUGAGAGCCCAUGCGUCUCGUCCCAUGACCUUCACUUCAUCUGUUCGGGCUUCUCCUCCAAUGGUAGCACCCUCUCAGUGGAGUCUGAACCAACGCCACAUUUUGAUGUUGAAUGUUAUUGCCUGUGCGGUAGCUAUUUCUGCAUCAUGGCUAUUUUUCUCCGCGAUUCCAACCAUUUUGGCUUUCAAGAAGGCUGCUGAAUCACUUGAAAAGCUCUUGGAUGUCACAAGGGAAGAACUUCCUGAUACAAUGGCUGCUGUUAGAUUGUCUGGCAUGGAGAUCAGUGACCUAACCAUGGAGCUUAGUGAUUUAGGGCAAGAGAUAACAAGAGGAGUCCGAAGUUCCACUCGAGCAGUUCGUGUGGCCGAGGAUGGUAUACGACACCUAACCAAUAUAAAUGCAACAGCAAUGGUGCAGGAAACAAUGAUGGUACGGGCCGAGGGGUCGAGACCAGUGACAUCAAGAAUGGCAAGAAGCCUACGUGAGGCUGUUUCCAUGGGCCGUGCAAUUCUGCAAAGUCUGGGUACUUUGAGCAGGUUAUCUGGUUUGGCCAUGAAAUAUUGGGCUGCAGCAAGGCAAAAGCGUCAGUGAAAGAUGGACGUCUCGAAAAAGAAAAACCAGUGACCUUUAUUGAACCCAAUGGCUACCAUGACCACAGCAUUAGUAAGCUUUGGCACUUUCAUUUGCAUAUAACUUUCUCCAUAUUCUAAGAAUGUUCCUUUGUGUUAUUGGUGCAUAUAAUGAUGCCAACUUCCAUGAUAUCGAUUUUUAUUUCCAAUGUGGUCAUGUGCCUACUUUGUUUUGGUGUAGGUAGAUGAGGUCUUUUUAUUUGAUAGAUUUGAGAUUACGCGCUCUUAAUGAUAUUUGAUCACUGGAGUAGUAUUUAGGAUU